AUGUCAGGCCCUCAGUGCUGCUCAAACCCUCCAACCAUCAACCCAUCAAGUGGCUCCGGCCAUGUUGAAAAGCUUGGUGGUCUCGACUCCUAUGUCACUGGCUUCCCUGACUCCAAGCUUGCUAUUCUUCUCGUCUCUGACAUUUUUGGAUUUGAAGCUCCAAACUUGAGGAAGCUUGCUGACAAAGUUGCAGCCGCUGGGUUCUUUGUUGUUGUCCCUGACUUCUUGUACGGAGACCCUUAUGCACCUGAAGAUGCCAAUAGACCUCUACCUGUUUGGAUAAAAGAUCAUGGACCGGCCAAGGGAUUUGAAGAUGCAAAACCAGUUCUUGGAGCUUUAAGAAGGAAAGGUUUUUCUGCAGUCGGUGCUGCAGGCUUCUGUUGGGGAGGUAAGGUUGUGGUUGAACUUGCAAAGCACAAUUUUAUCCAAGCUGCUGUUCUCUGUCAUCCUUCAUUUGUCACUGUGGAUGAUAUCAAGGAUGUUAAGGUUCCUAUUUCUAUACUUGGAGCUGAGAUUGACCAUAUGUCCCCACCUGAAGUCGUGAAACAAUUUGAAGAGGUUUUAACUGCAAAGUCUGAGGUUAAAAGCCAUGUGAAGAUAUUCCCGACAGUGGCACACGGGUGGACCGUGAGGUACAAUGUUGAAGACGAAGCAGCUGUUAAGUGUGCUGAGGAGGCUCAUCAAAACUUGUUGGAGUGGUUCUUGAACCAUGUCAAGGGAAUCAGAUCAUCACUGUAG